UACUGUCACAGUCUCGUGGUGACCGUCCGAUCGAGAGGACGUUAGCUUUCGCAUCGCUCACACCCACCAUUCUCAAAUAUAAAUUAAACGAAGUUCCAGAAUUCCGUUUUCGCGAAGUUUCAAUUUUGUGAGGUCAAGCAAGCCAACGAGCCAAGGAUCGUAGAUUUUUCGAUCCUCUAUUUUAAUCGUAUUCCGAGUGAUUUACACAGUUUAUCCAUGAUAUGACCCAAUCUCGCGAGGUUUUGGCUAUGAUGGAUCCCCACACCACAACAUUUGGCCGUAAACACGGGUGCACGAUAUCAAGAUGCGGAGGCUUCCUACUCGGUGCUGCAUUUUUACUUUGCCUCGUUGCAACAGGCUUAUUAGUAUAUCAUUUCGCGCCAUGUCUCGAAGGCAAGGCGAUAAGAACGCUCGACGAGUUUGGUGACAACGCAGUUCUCGAAUCGGCACGUACUUUCGCAAUGGCAGCGGGGAACAAAAAAAAAAUUGACGUUCGUUUGCCGAGAUCGGUUGUCCCUGAUUCUUACAAAGUCAGUUUGAUGCCGUUCAUUUGGGACGGAAAUUUCACCUUCAAUGGCGAGGUCAGCAUCGUAGUGAACGUCACAAUGGACACUAAGAACAUAAGUCUUCAUGCCGUCGACAUGAAAAUAAACGAGAAAAUGACAAGCGUCAUGGAAUACUCGAACGAUGUGAGCAACAAUAGAAUCGUUAAAAUCGUAAACCAAGUGAAUGAUACUGCCAGAGAAUUUCACAUUUUACAUCUGGCCGAAACGCUCAAAGCAGGGAAACAAUAUCUGGUCCAUCUCAAGUAUAUUGGUUAUCUGAACGAUUAUCUAGAAGGGUUCUACAGAAGCUCUUACACUGUUGGCAACCAAACGAGAUGGAUCGCCACUACCCAGUUUCAGCCUACGGAUGCGAGACGUGCUUUCCCAUGUUUUGACGAACCAGCGCUCAAAGCGACCUUUGAAAUCAGUAUUGCACGGCCCAAAAACAUGACCUCCAUUUCCAACAUGCCCAGGAAGGGUGAGCCACAAUCAGUGCCAGAAAUGCCAAGCUAUGUCUGGGACCACUACGAACGUUCGGUUCCAAUGUCAACCUACCUGGUCGCUUUUCUCGUCACCGACUUCGAGGUCCUAAAAUCAUCCGAUGGCCAUUUUGGGGUCUGGGCUCGCCGCGAAGCGAUCCAGCAAUCCCACUACAGUCUUAACAUCGGACCAAGAAUACUCAAAUACUACGAAGAUUAUUUCCAAAUAAAGUUCCCACUGCCAAAGAUAGACAUGGUCGCUUUGCCGGAUUUCUCUGCAGGUGCUAUGGAAAAUUGGGGCUUGAUUACUUACAGAGAAACAGCUAUGCUAUUCGAAAAAGGUAUUUCCACGAGCAGCAAUCAACAAAGAGUUGCAACGGUCGUCGCUCAUGAAUUGGCUCAUCAAUGGUUCGGAAAUCUCGUUACACCGAGCUGGUGGACCGAUCUAUGGCUGAACGAGGGGUUCGCGAAUUACGUUGAAUAUCUCGGAAUGAAUUCGGUUGAACCUGAAUGGAAGGUGCUCGAACAAUUCAUUGUGCACGAUUUGCAACCCGUUUUUACCCUCGACGCCCUCGAGUCCUCUCAUCCAGUUUCGGUUGAAGUUGGCCAUCCAGAAGAAAUAAGUGAAAUUUUUGACAGAAUUUCGUACGCGAAAGGUGCUUCUAUUAUCCGGAUGAUGGAUCAUUUUCUGACUACGAGAGUUUUCAAACAGGGUCUGACAAAAUACCUGCGUGGAAAAGCUUACAGAAGUGCAGAACAAAAUGAUCUCUGGGAAGCCUUAACGAAACAAGCUCGAAAAGACCGUGUUCUAAGCCGGGAUGUUACGGUAAAACAAAUUAUGGAUACUUGGACUUUGCAAACUGGUUUCCCCGUUAUUACCGUUACAAGGAAUUACGAUGUCGGUAGCGCUGAUAUAAUGCAAGAUCGAUUUACCAUCCGAAAUGGGACAACGACUACGUUCGAAGAAUCAGAACCUCUCUGGUGGGUGCCAAUCACAUACGCGACUGAGGCUGAUCGUAGUUUCAAUCGUACACAACCAUCCACGUGGUUGAGGGCUCAAAGAUCGAUGACUUUGCCAAAAAUCGGUGCCAGUCGCUCCCAGUGGGUUAUUUUCAAUGUUCAGCAAACCGGCUACUAUCGAGUAAAUUACGACAAUGCGAAUUGGGAGCUCAUAAUCAAACAACUGAAGAGUCCCAACUUCACGGCCAUAUCAACGAUAAAUCGGGGUCAGCUGAUAGACGAUUCAAUGAACUUGGCGAGAGCCGGAAGGCUCGAUUACUCAACAGCAUUGAGCGUCGUGUCUUAUUUAGCUCAAGAAAAUGAAUACGUGCCUUGGAAAGCAGCUUUAACAGCAAUGAAUUAUCUCGAUCAUAUGCUCGUCAACUCACCCAACUACGAUCGAUUCAGGGUUUUCGUUCUGAACUUGUUGAAGAACGUUUACGAGCAGGUUGGCUUCAAAGACAACGCCGAUGACCCGCAACUCAAAGUAUUUACGCGCAUAGACGUUCUCAGUUGGGCUUGCACAUUCGGCCACGAUGAUUGUGUCCGAAGUGCUCUCCGCGCGUUCCAAGAAUGGCAAAAUUCUCCCGACCCUGAUAGGAGCAAUCCAAUCUCACCGAAUUUAAAGAGCGUCGUUUACUGCACCGCGAUCCGAGUCGGUGGCCAAGCAGAAUGGGAUUUCGCGUGGGAAAGAUACCAAAAAACUAACGUUGGCUCCGAAAAAGACUUGCUUCUAUCUGCUCUUGGCUGCACCCGAGAAACUUGGAUACUCAGUCGUUAUCUCGAGUGGGCAGUUACUGAAAACUCAGGCAUAAGAAAGCAGGACGCCCCACGUGUAUUCAACGCCGUAUCGCAUAACGUCAUUGGACAACCCUUGGUCUUCAGUUUCUUGAGGAAUAAUUGGAAUCGCCUAAAACGAUACUGUGGUUCGUCGCUGUCAACGAUGAACAGCAUCGUUAAAUCAGCAACGAAGAAAAUUAACACACCGUACGAACUAAAAGACUUACUGGGAUUCGCGACGGAGCACAGCAAAGAGUUGGCGACUGCAACACGAACGAUAAAACAAGCGGUGGAACAAGCCGAGAGCAACGUCCGAUGGUUGGAAAGAAGUUAUCCGACGAUUCGUGAAUGGUUGCAGAAAAAUACAUAGUGAUUUCGUUGAAAUUUAUUCACCUACGAGGUUAUCGAUCUUCACGGAAUGAUUCAGAGACCAAGCUAUGAUUCAUGGAGUGGACGCAACUUCUGAAUACUUUUUCCAAUCAUUGCUCGUUAUCGCGUCACUCAAAUGGAGUAUUCGAUGACUAAUUGCCAAAUAAGAUGGUGACUUUAAAAUGCGAUGCUCGAGUGUGGCUAUUUCUCUUCCGUAGUAUUAAUCAAGUGAUUUCUUACCUAAUGUAAUUGUAAAUAUUGAUGCGAGCGAGUCAUUAUUAUAUGAUCAGUAUUGGAGGAUGAAAAUUGAAAUCUCAAACUCGAGCUAAGAAUCUCGAUUAGGUUUCAAUUGUUUUUAACAAAUGAUUCAAUUACUUUACAGUAAUGUUCAUUUUUAUCAAUUAAUUUACUCACUUUUUUCAUAAUGCGAUACGAAUUAAGAAAGAUGUAUAUUCAACGGAGAGCGAAUAUAAAUAUAAUUUGAGGUUAAUACCCAACUGAAAAUAAAUUGCCAAUGAACGACCAGUCGCACAAUGAUACAUGUAGCUGUUACAGUACGGUAAUUUCAAGCCAAUGUCGACCCGAUUAGUUCCAUUUUUGAUUCGAUUUACGGAGUUUCAUAUUACUGCGCAAAUUGUUUUGUGUCAGUCUUCCCAAAAUGUUGUGAGAAAGGUUGAAUUGAGUAACAUACAAGAUUGUUGGGAUUUCAUUUUUACAAUCUUAUUUCAUUUUCGUAAGAAUAUAUUAUACAUAAUAUUAAUUACACGGUACUUUACGAUUAAUAAAAGUUGUAUGAAUUUGUACAUUA